UCGAGUGUGGACGUAUCGCCUUUCGCCGCGUCACCCCGCCAAAAUUACGAACGAAAACUUUUGUGUGAUAAUUUAUGAAUUUAACACGUUUUAAUCAUGUCUAAUAUGUGAACGGUCGAAAAAGCUACGGGAUGUGGAUUUAUUUGGUGCAAUAAUGGAUGUAGUUUGAAUGAAAAGUGGUUUUAAAGUGAUUUUACGUGAAAUGUUGUUUGUUGGAAGGUGAAAGACGUUGUCCGCACUCGCAAACCUUACAGAUCAUACUAUGGAGCUGAAGUCACCUAAGGCGAAAAAAAAGAUACCAACUGAUUUGUCGUGGAAAAAAAUGCUGCGCACCCCUGUACUCCUACUGCUACUCCUUGGCUCCAUAAACUGUGACAGUGACAGUGAUAGUGAUGUUGACAUUGACAUAGAAACGUCAAACUCUACCCAUAGACUAAGCAAUUACAAGUUGAGGCACAGGCAUGGACCUAUACAGCCAAAGUCAAAUAACACUUUGGUGAAAGACAAACACAUUUUAAGCGACAUAAGAUAUUUAAGGCGGCGUUUAAAUAAGGAAAUGGUGAAUUUUGUGAUGACUGACUAUCUGGUGGACGGCGAGAUCGAGAAUCGUAUACACUAUAAUGGUGUUACUGCGAAGGAGACUUUUGUUGGGGCUGAUGGAAGCGGCCUGAAACUCCGUCAGCUGUCAGAUGGCCGCCAUCUUGUCCAGUUGAUAUACACGCCAAAUGGCUACCUUCAAGACUGCGAAUACGUCACAGCAUCAAAAUCAUCAAGAGACUUCAUUAAAACACUGAGAAAAGAACUUAAACUAGCAUUAGACGAGGAAAGUUACAGAAUACUCGAAAAAACACCAAGGAAUUUCGGCGACGAGAGAUAUUACCGCCAUUUCGGUAAUGUCACGUUUCGCAUAUUAAAAAACGGCGAGAAGCUACCAACAGAUGUCGCUAGGUGGUUCAAUUAUGACAAAUUAAAAACGGAAUGCUUUGAGAGGCACGAAGAACUAACGUUGAUGAUGAAAAAUAGGAAUAAAGUCAGCGAAAAUAGCUUACAAAGGUCCCGCAGAUCGCUCAGGGAGAAUUUCAUAAUGCCGGGCACAAAAUGGUGCGGUGCGGGGCAGUUGGCGACGACGUACAACGAAUUGGGGCCAGAUAGAAAUGAAGAUAGGUGCUGUAGGGCACAUGACAAUUGUCGGAUGAACAUCGGCGCUUUCAAGCGAAGAUUCGGGUAUUUCAACCUCAGCCCGUUUACGAUCUCGCACUGCCGAUGCGAUAGGAGAAAAAAACGCGACUCUAUGGAGCUUCUUCGGGUGCCUGGCACCAAAUGGUGCGGCAAGGGUUACUCCGCGACGCGGUACUCCCAGCUGGGGGGAUACACGAGGACCGACAGGUGUUGCAGGGUCCACGACUUGAGGUGCCCCUUCUGGAUCGGUGGUAUGGAGAAGAAGUACGGCCUGUACAACUGGCGUGUAAAUACGUUAAUGCACUGCAGGUGCGACGAAAGAUUCCGCGCUUGCCUCAAACUGGCGGACACGGCAGUAUCAAACAUGGUGGGGAAGUUAUUUUUCAACGUCGUCCAAACCAAAUGCUUCAUACUAAAACCCGUCAAAAAAGUAUGCACCCAGCGUUCGUGGUGGGGGAAAUGCACUAGAAGAGGCCGCAUGGAACAAGCCUUCCUUAGGGAUAACAUGCCGUAUUAAAAAAAAAAUUAAGAAGCAGUUAAAAUUGAGAAAAACGUUCUAUUACACCCAUGUGCAUUGAUCAUUACACUCUCGGCUAACGCGUAGAUGCUUCGACUAUAAUGAUCAAAAUACCACACUAGGAUCAUAAUAUACUAUUAAUAACGUGAGGCGUUUUUGGCGAACCAGAAAUAAAAAUAACAAUAAGCACGCCCUGAUGGCAUAUUUCUUCUUGGCUGGGACGUCUUCCGCGUGAGUUUCUUCGCUUGGAUGUCAAACUCUUCACCGAUUGCUAACAAAGCAUCUUCAUCGUUCCAGAAAUACACGACGUUGCAAAAUGAUGAAAAACUACGUAUACCACCAGUGUGCAUUGAUCACUACACUCUCGGCAUUAUUUUGAUAGCCUUCGGCUCAGGCGGAUAGUACUGCGUUGAUUGUACCUAACGAUCAACUUCCACACUAAUACUUUACUGGAGAAGAAUGUGCUCAAAAUAAUAUCAUAAAAUGAGUUAUUUUAUGAUAUUAUACAUUUAUAUGCAAAAAAAUUAAAAAAAAAACUUAAUAGCUUAGAAUUCUAUUUUUCGGUUACAAUAAGCUAUCAGGUUUCAAGAGUGAUGAAAAACGUUGUGUUACACCCAAGUGCAUUGAUCAUUACACUCUCGGAUAAUAGCGAUCGCUUUGGAUCGGCCAAAUAAUAUGGCCACGAUUGCAGUGAGGCUCGUUAAUCUUUCUUCAACCAGGGUUAUGGAAAAAGUUACAUUUUUAUUCAAAUGUUUAGCGCCAUCUAGUGAGCGGCAGACAAACUUAAAGCAUUCAAAUUAAAUCGAUGUCAUGACCGCCAUGUACUAACAUAAACUGUUUGCCUGUAUUGUAAUUAAAUGGCACUCUUACAAAUCCAUAGAAAUCGUGAUGAACUUUCACACGUUCGAAUAAAUAAACGUAGAUAUCUCACACUCGGCACUCUGACCCCUGUACCCUAUAGUUUCCAUCUUGACUUAGAAUAAAUUUAAUUGUUUACGCAAACUACCUUAAAAUUUUAUAAUUCUAAUGUUACCGCCAUCUAUUGGCUAAUUGCUGCAAGUUUUUUCUUACUCAAGAAUACAACUUCCGUAUUAUAUUUUACAUACAAUAAACGCCCUAUCCUGUGCUUUAAAGAAUAUUAAUAUCAACCCAGUGUCAUAUGGAAAUGUAAACCUUGAAAAAGAAUUUUACAUAAUGGCUUUACGCUUAAAAGAUAAAUGUUUGUCUUUUUUUAUUCUAUGAAGUUUGAAAUUGACAUUUACUAAUUAUUGUUUUCUUUAUACCUACUUCAUAGUGAGAAGGCAAAGGUAA